GGCAUUUCGAAAUAAAAGCGUCAAAGUUUGACAUUUUCCACAGUGGGCACGACGAAAAGAUAAACAAAAACAGUGAGAAAAUCGCAUGAUAAAAAGUUCAAAAGCAUCAAAUAACGUUGCUUAUCAGUGCUCAAUUGAAUACUCCACCGCAUAGACUAGGAGAUUUAACCAUCCCGCCGAAGGAAGUAAAGAGAUUUUGUGUUUUUUUGUCUUUUCAAAUGAUUUCUCAGUGUUGAAAGAAAAAUUCCUCAUCAAGGAAAUUCUUUGUCCAGGAAAAUAUUUUUUUUUAUGGAAAUGACAAACUUCCGCCGUGGAAAAUGAAGGCGAUUGAAGCAAAAAUUGUACUUCUAGGUGCCCAAGGAGUCGGUAAGACGAGCCUAGUGGUGAAAUACAUAUCAAAUGUCUACUCAAAAGACGUGGGACCAACAAUUGGAGCCACCUUCUUUAAUUGUCGAAUUAAUUUGGAAGAUAUCAAAGUGAAAAUGCAGAUUUGGGAUACUGCAGGACAGGAGCGUUUCCGCUCGAUGGCACCUCUCUACUAUCGAGGUGCCAAUGCAGCUCUCCUUGUCUUUGAUCUCACCAAUUAUGCCUCCUUUGGGGCCGUCAAAACGUGGGUGUCGGAGUUGCAGCGCAACGUACAAGAGCCCAUGGUUCUUACGCUUGUUGGCAGUAAAUCUGAUCUCGAGAAGGAACGUGCUGUGGCCAGAGAGGAAGCCGCAGUGUAUGCCACCUCAAUUGGGGGUAAUUAUUUUGAGACGUCCGCCGUGACGACGCAGGGUUUUCACUGCAUCGAACGGGUUUUCACGCAAACAGCCCUGGGGCUCGUGCGAUUGUCCCAGGAGGCAAAGACACAGAUUCGGCACUAUGAGAGCACAGACUCCCUGCCAAGUAUCACGGCCUCGGUGACCCCGACAGACCUUGGGGGUGGUGUGAGCCUCGCCAUUGAAUCAGACGGCGUAGCAUGCGAAACAGGGCGCGUAGAGAAUGUGGCUUUUAGCAUUGACCACAUUGCUCAUGGGAAUGAGGCAAAAACUGGCUGCUGCUGGUUUUAGUAAGCCAGGCUUUUCUGUAAGCCUCCGCUCCCACAGGAAAUUGCAUCCUGAACCAAAUGAGAAGAAAGCAAAAAAAAACUCCAAACUUUGUGAUAAAAAAUGAACUUCUAGUGCGAGAAAUGAGGCUUUCAGUGUGUUUGUGUGUUGUGUUUAAAAAUGCGAAGAUGCUUAACGAAAGCUGUGAUUCCCAUUUAAUCUGCCUCUGUGAAAUUUAUCCAAAAAAAAAUAUUCCCAACCAAGAUUUGAACCAAGAACAUUCACCUGAUUAAUCUAGAACGCUGUCAAUUGACACAAUUACCUAGUUUUUUUUAAAUUGGUAAUGAUUAAUUUGUUUUUUAAAAAAUUUCUGACAAUUUCUCAUUUACAAUUGUUUUAUAAAAAAAAAAAUUGUUGAAUACGACACACGCCAAUAGACAUGCCACAGUGCCACAGAAAGACAGUUUUUUUAAUAGAAAAAAAAAUCUGUGAAUUCUUUAUUCUUUACAUAAAGACUCCACACACCUACAACAAAGUCAACGAUAAGAACGUGAAACAAAAAUAAAUGCAUCAGUUACCAUUUGGGGCGCUUGUGCUUCAGUAUUCAAUGGCUUUGCGAAUGGCAUCGAGGCACCUAUGCUUGUCCGGAAGGUAGAAGGGCUCAAAGACAUGCGGGAAGGGUGUAUCCCAUCCUGUAACACGCUGCACUGGAGCCUCCAAAUGCAGGAAGCACUCCUCUUGAAUUGCAGCUGCAAUUUCAGCACCAAAUCCACACGUGAGUGGAGCCUCGUGGGCAAUCACAGCUCGUCCUGUCUUCUUAACGGACUAUACAACGAGGAAAUGAAUAAGGGGAAAAAGAAGAAGAAAAAAGCAAUUUUAGCAUCAUCUCUGUGUUCCUUCAUAAUGCAUUUAUCAUUAUCCCCCGUUGUCUAAUUUAAUUGCACGAUUAUGCAUUUUUAUCUCACAUUGUGUACAAAAAGAAAGAAAAAGGUUUAUUUUCAUCAAUAAAAUUCAGAGCUGAGGAUUGAGGAA